ACCACCGUCACAAUAAUGGUAAUUUCAGUGCUGGGUAAAGGUACGACAGACGGACACAAACAAGACGGGAAAGUAAAAGACGUGGGAGCUACCAGUGGUGCCCUCCAACUACUCUCCAAUAUUCUGUCAAACGGAGAGAAAUUAUAUUAUGGUAAAAGUGAUUAUUGGUGUAUAACCUUGUUCCCUCCCACGCCCAUCGCAACCGCCACCGCCGCCGACACCGUAUUUCCUCUCACCCACACCGCCGCGCUGCGCCGCGCGACGCGACGCGAAGACAGCAAAGAUGAAGAGACAGACACCCCUAAAAGUUAACCCUCGCGCGACCCCGGUCAACGCAACCACCCGCUACCACUACCGCCGCCCGCGGUAUACGACCACCGGUCGGGCCUCGUAACCUCUCCUUUAUCGAUCCCAAGCAGGAUCAUCCAUCCACACGACAGGUAUCCAUUCCUGCUAAACAGCCCACUCCAGAAAGUACUUCGAGGACAAAACUUGUGAAAUUCUCCACUUAGCAAGAGUUAUCACUUGUGAUUAGCAGGAAAGAGGAAUACAUAGUUUUUUCUAGUACGAAGUAGUCGAGAUAUUGUAUGACAGAACCUCUUCCAAAUUACAAAACGGGAGUAAAACUAUGCCUAUUUUAUUUGCAUCAUUAUCACAUUAUGAUUAAAACAUCGACAGUUUGGGUACAUUCAUGAGAGCAUACUCUUCGACAAAGAUAAUUAUACUAAAAGCAACGACUUUUUAAUCGCUUUAACCAGUGCUUACUCUUUGCCACAAGCACGGCCCUAUGUAGGAUAAAGAAACGGAGCGCUAAACCUCAAGCACCCACCAGCGCAGCAAAACAAAAUAUAGACCCUCCCACCGCUGUUCUGGGGUAAUACUUCAAUCUCGAAAUCGUCAAAACAGUUUAAAAAGCAUCGCUACUUGACUUUCAGAUUUAUUUUUUUUUAAACCUACAGCAGAAACAAAAGUUACAACGAGCUUCACGUCUUUCAAGUGAGCAAAUCGCAACAACCCGUUGAAAGCCUUGAGCAGUAAGUGCACGCCACACCUACCCCUGUCAAAGGGCCAGUUUGGAGCGCGCGAGCAAACAAAGACGUUUAUCACACGACAGACUACAGAGGCGCUGGAAGGCGAUUACUUUCCCGACGUCAUUCUGUGCUAAUCAAUCUCACUCUCCAACGAGCAAGGACCAAAAAUCAUUAACGGUGGCGCAGAAGGAGCUUGAUGUGACAGCGACGACCAACACUGAAAAACGAGCUAAAAUUGACCAGUAAGACAGCCGCAGUGAAACGUUCAAGAGAAACAGACGUUCAGCACAGCAUCUUGACAUUUGUGGGACUUAUAUUCGAGCUACUGUUCAAUGUACAGACGACAUCAAUACUUUUCUUGUCCUGAAGUCAGCGAAAAGCUCAGAAAACCCCAGUGCAGUUCUAGACAUACAGGCCUACAUCGUCGAAAAGCACUGAAGGAAUCUUCCUUACACAAAUAGGAAAUGUUGGAGGUUUGAACCUACACAACGUCCAGGGCUGCAGAAAUUAGACAAAGCUAGCUCGGGAAGAGUCAGUUGUUCCCAUGUGCAGAGGCUUUUCUGUAGUUCGCAGUUGUCUUUAUCCACAGGUACGUUCCCAGAAGCCCAUUGGCGGGAAAGUCAAUUGUUAAUAUUUCCUCUCCGAUAUCAAGUCCACUUCGACAAAGCUCGGGAGAAAGAAAAUAAGUUUGACUGAAAAUCAAGACUCGGAUUAAAAUAGACAGGCACGAAAUGACUGGAGGGCUGAAAACUUCCUUCUUAUUACCAAACAUUGUUCAAAAUGUCUCUCAUCCCAAGAUCCUAAACCUAUCCACAUAUAGCGGAGCAAAUGUUAUUCCUCUACCAUCCUUACCAAAAGCGGAAUAAGCGUGAAUCAAUUCUGCCAAUCCUGGAUAUGGAUUCGUAAACUAGCUGGCACAUUUCAUCCUAACACAGACCACCCAUUUUGCCAAGCUAAAACUUAAAGAAAUGAUGUUCGCGCUCAACACCACCGUCACCACUUUCCUCCAUGCCGCCUUAGCGCAAACCAGCGCCGCCGUCCCCAUCAAUACUGGCUACAGUGCUUCUACAACAACCAGCACCGCCACAACAACCACCACCACCACCGCCACUCCGCCAUCCUUCCCGUACUCUACCCCCUCGUCGGACACGCGCCAGAACUUCAGCGACGACUACAACCGGACAAACGACCUCCUGAACUGGAUAGAAGAUGCCAAAAGUGCGUUGGCGCCCUACAUCCUCGUCUUCGGUAUCGUGAACAAUGUGCUGACUCUGCUCACCCUCCGCCAGCCCAAGCUGAAGGAAUCCCCUUACACAUACCUCACGGCCCUGGCUGUGGCUGACCUCUCCGCUCUCAUACUCAUCCUCAUCCGGGAACAAGAAGGCCCCUCCUGGUCCUGGUCCAUCUACACCAUCUACAUCUUCUACCCUCUGGUCAACGUGGCCGCCACCCUGGGAAUCUGGGUCAUGGUGCUCAUGACCCUCGAGCGUUGCAUCGUCAUCCAUUUCGCCUUCUGGGCGCACGCACACUGCACACGCUACAAUGCCAGGGUCAAAGUCGUGGUGGUCUUCGUAGCCUCCGUCAUCGUCAACUUCCCGCGCUUUCUCUGGUACUAUGUCGGGGAACCUCCAGACACUGAUACAAAGGCAGCAGCUGGAGACUCGGCCCAGGCCGCCAGAAACGUCUCAGUCCUCGCCAACAUGGCCAACUCAACUGAGCAGAGCAACCAUGGCAGCAGUCUCGCCAGCCUCCUGGGCCAGUACGUCAUAACCAACUCUUCAUCCACCGCAGAGACACCGGCUGUCACAGUCGCCACCACCAACAGCACCACCCUGGCGCAACCUAAGAAAUACGUCAUUCAGUCGUACUUGUACAACACCGAGUUUUCGCGCGUGGUCACGUGGGCGCACAGCGUGCUGCUCAACUUCCUCCCCGUUGUCCUCCUGCUCAUCUUUAACUCGUUCCUCGUAUACAAGUACAAAAUGCGGAGCCAGCACGAGCGCCGGAAAAAGCUGGGCAUCCACGACAAUGCUGAGACGAUGUGGACGCGCGAGCAGACGCGACUCACCGUCACCCUCAUCGCUAUCGUCUGCCUCUUCAUCAUCCUCGUCCUGCCGUCUGCGUUUGCAGACCAGCACGUCGCCAUCUUGUUUUUCCCUACCGACAGCGAGAAAAAGAACUUGAAACAGAUCAGGAUCUACCAACACGUGACAAACUUCCUCAUGUGGUUGAACCUGUCUCUGAACUUCCUCAUGUACAGUUUCAUAAACGCCAAGUUUAGGCGCGCUUUUAAGCGAAUGGUCAGGCAGUGGGUGAUUUACCUUCGCCUGGACCGUCUGACGUACGUCUGCAGGAGACACUGCUGUCGUCUGAGCAGCGGCAAGGGCUCCCAGGGACAGUCCACGUGCGACAUGGAGGAAGCGGAGGAGAUGGCGCCCUUUAACAACAACUGGAACAACAGGAAAGGGCACAACGCAAAGAAGGCGUCAAACUAUUCUGUGUCCAGUAAGGAUAACAAUAGCGUCACUUUGUCGUUGAAAUUAGACACUUCUGUGAACGGGCAACUUGCGUAGUCUUGUAGUAAAGGAAAAUUGUAUGUACAAUCGAGAAUGCUUUAGCCAUAGGCUGUUGUGAACGUGUAUGUGAUAUGAGAGGAAACUGUUUUCAGGCAUGACACUGAUGGUGCCGGUGACGUAUCAUUCAUAUACGCCCCCUCCCCGCCCCCUCCC